AUGGCCGUCGCACGCUCCAUGCGACGCACCAGCUCCACCACCGUCGUCCUGGCGGCCAUGCUGGCCCUCGGCUUCCUCUUCUUCCUCCUCACGCCGUCCACCCCGGACGUCUCACCCAUCUCCGCCCCCGGCUCGGGCUCGUCACAGCAACGACGAGAAGACAACGCCGCCGAGAACCCGCUCUCGCCGCCGACAAAACCCUUCUUCAAGUCCCAACCCCUCCGCGAGGACGGCUACCAGGCCGCGCCGCCCGUCGUGCACUACAACCUCAACGAGCUGACCAGCACCAGCGACUCCGCCGCCAAGGGCGAGCGCGUGCUCAUCCUGACCCCGCUGGCGCGCUUCUACCAGGGCUUCUGGGACAACGUCGUGCGCCUGACCUACCCGCACGAGCUCAUCUCCAUCGGCUUCAUCAUCCCGCAAACAAAGGAGGGCAACGCCGCCGCCGCGGCGCUCGAGGACGCCAUCGCCAAGACCCAGGCCGGCCCCCUCGACGCCCGCUUCGCCAGCAUCAGCAUCCUGCGCCAGGACUUCGACCCGCCGCUCGCGUCGCAGGACGAGAAGGAGCGCCACAAGCUCGAGAACCAGCGCGUCCGUCGCGAGUCCAUGAGCCGCGCCCGCAACAGCUUGCUCUUCACUACCCUUGGCCCCGCGUCUUCCUGGGUCCUCUGGCUCGACGCGGAUAUCGUCGAGACGCCCCCGUCUCUCAUCCAGGACCUCACCGCCCACAACCGCCCUGUCAUCGUGCCCAAUUGCUACCAGCGCUACUAUAACACUGAUACCAAGAAGAUGGACGUCCGGCCGUAUGACUUUAAUUCCUGGAUUGAUAGUACCUCCGCCCGGAACCUCGCGGAUAACAUGGAGCCCGAUGAGAUCCUCCUCGAGGGCUAUGCGGAGCUGCCGACCUACCGCACGCUCAUGGCGUAUCUCGCCGACACCGAGAACCCCAACCCGCGGCGGGUCAUCGAGCUCGAUGGCGUCGGGGGCACCGCCCUCAUGGUCAAGGCGGAUGUGCAUCGAGACGGCGCCAUGUUCCCCGCGUUCCCUUUCUACCAUCUCGUCGAGACCGAGGGCUUUGCCAAGAUGGCCAAGCGGUUGGGUUAUUCGGUGUUUGGGCUUCCGGAUUAUUUUGUAUAUCAUUACAAUGAGUAA